AAGAGGAAAGGCGGUAGGGUCUUGGCUCGGGUCAAUCCUUGUAAGCAGUUCAUGUAUGAGAUACCUUCGAAGUAGUGUCCUCCCUCACUCCUCAGCCUUAAGCUCUGAUCACCGGCUGCGUCGGCCAUCGUCUACUUGACGGACUGCCUGGUACCUUUUUCUGCCUUGUUUUCUAGCACUUGAACAGGACUCCUUUGCCAUCAGCAUGGAAGACACUUACAUCGACUCCCUGGACCCUGAAAAGUUAUUACAGUGCCCCUAUGAUAAAAAUCACCAGAUCAGGGCCUGCAGGUUUCCUUAUCAUCUUAUCAAGUGCAGAAAGAAUCAUCCUGAUGUCGCAAACAAAUUGGCUACUUGUCCCUUCAAUGCUCGGCACCAGGUUCCCCGGGCUGAGAUCAGUCAUCACAUCUCGAGCUGUGAUGACAAGAGCUGUAUUGAGCAGGAUGUGGUCAACCAAACCAGGAACCUUGGACAAGAGACUCUGGCUGAGAGCACAUGGCAGUGCCCUCCUUGUGAUGAAGACUGGGAUAAAGACUUGUGGGAACAGACUAGCACCCCAUUUGUCUGGGGCACAGCCAGCUUCUGUGGCAACAACAGUCCUGCAAAUAACAUAGUUAUGGAACAUAAGAGUAACCUCGCUUCAGGCAUGCGAGUUCCCAAGUCUCUGCCCUAUGUUCUGCCAUGGAAAAACAAUGGAAAUGCACAGUAACUGAACAUCUAUUCAAAUGCCAGACUGUGGAAGACUCUUGCUUAUUCCUGCUACCAAGGGUUCUUCUUUUUUCUCUUUAUCUAAUUAUAGAACAGUAAACUGUCUGUGACUUUCAAA